CAGUGACGAAAAUAUAACGUAGGUCUGGUCGUCUGGAUUGCCACACCGUACACACAGCUUGAACGAGAAACAACGAAGAGAUAAUCAACUGCUGCAAUGAGUGUAAAACUAAAGCAAAGUUCGGGCAGUCCAGAAUGCUCAAAAUGCGUGGUCUCUCUUAUGGGAAGACAGUACCUGAUGCAGGGCUCGAGAAAGUUUUGCGUCGCUUGCUAUGAAAGUUUGUAUUGCAAUACAUGCCAAGGAUGCAAGUCAAUCAUUUCUGCUGAAUCAAGGGACAUUUCCUACAAAGAUUUGCAUUUCCAUGACACUUGCUUUACUUGCACUGGGUGUGCCAAGUCGUUGGCAAAUGAAAGUUUUAUUCAUAAAGAAGGGAAAUUCAUCUGCGCCAAGUGUUAUGAAGACAAGUUCUCACCGAAAUGCACAACCUGCAAAAAGGCUUUCAAACCAGGCAUCAAGAGAAUGGAAUAUCAGGGUAAAAGUUAUCACGAGAAAUGCUUCUGCUGUUGCUCCUGUGGUGAAGCUAUUGGUCAGAAAAGUUUUGUUAAGAAAGAAGAUGGUAUAUUCUGCAAGAAGUGCUUCGAGUUAAAGCUGGCUAACAAGUGUGGAAAAUGCAACAAGAUCAUAAAAACAAGUGGUGUAGCGUACAAAGAGAAGACUUUUCACGAGGCUUGCUUUCUUUGCGAGGGUUGUAAGAAAACGUUGGCCCAUGAGCAGUUCGUGACACACGAAGAUGCGCCAUACUGUGUUGACUGUCACGUGGAUUUGUUUUCAAAGAAGUGCCACAAGUGCAGCAAGCCGAUUUCAGGUUUUGGAGAAUCGAAAAUGAUUGUUUUCGAAGAUAACCAAUGGCACGUGGAGUGCUUCUUGUGCCACAUGUGCAAGUCGCCGCUGGAGGGCGAGGGCUUCAUCAUGCACGAGGGCGACACCUACUGCACAGAGUGCGAGGUGUAAGAUUUCCAUGUAAAGAUGCACGAAACUAUUGCAGGCACUAUAACGUAAUGCAGUUCAUUGAACGGCUGUAUAAUAUAUAUAUAGCAACACAUUAAGCAUUACCGCAUGCAUUGCUUGUAUUUAUUAUUGCGCAACAGAAUAACAUAUGCUCAUUUA